ACACAGUUCUCCUCCUCAUACCGGUGGGGCCACUGAUACCUCAAGGCGCACUGUCUUUAACCAUAAUAUUAAUAACGUUAAAAUAAAAAUAUUUUUCUUUUCUCCCCUUUUUUCUUUUCUUUUUCGGUAACCCAACACCAUCAAAGCUGAAGUUCCUUUAGAAAAGGCCGUGUUUUACACCCCCACCCUUUCACUCUCAUUCUUUUUGAGGAUCUUUCAUUGUCAAGCCGCCAAAGUGGAGAGUGUGAUUGCAGAGGGGGGUGCUUCUCGUUUCAGUGCUUCUUCGGGCGGAGGAGGAGGUAGGGGUGCAACUCAGCACUAUCCCAAGUCUGUCGGCAACAGCGAGUUCCUGGGGAAAACCCCAGGGCCUAGCGUUCAGAGAUGGGUUCCUUCACGAAGCACUAGACGAGAUGUCAACUCCUCCAAUGAAAAAGAACGACACGAUGCAAUCUUCAGGAAAGUGAGAGGCAUACUUAAUAAACUGACCCCUGAAAAGUUUGACAAGCUAUGCCUUGAGCUCCUGAAUGUGGGCGUAGAUUCAAAGCUCGUCCUCAAAGGAAUCAUCUUGCUGAUUGUAGACAAAGCCCUCGAAGAGCCGAAGUAUAGCUCGCUAUAUGCUCAGCUAUGUCUGCGCUUGGCAGAGGAUGCUCCAAACUUUGACGGCCCAUCAACAGAGAUCCAAUCAUCACAAAAGCAGAGCACUACAUUCAGGAGACUUCUGAUAUCCAAACUUCAAGAUGAAUUUGAAAACCGCACCAGAAAUGUUGACAUCUAUGAUAAAAAUGACAGUCCUCUCACCUCUGAGGAGGAGGAGCAGCGUGCCAUUGCCAAGAUCAAAAUGCUGGGCAACAUCAAAUUCAUUGGAGAACUUGGCAAGCUCGAUCUCAUUCAUGAGUCUAUCCUUCAUAAAUGCAUCAAAACACUUCUGGAAAAGAAGAAAAGAGUCCAACUUAAGGAUAUGGGGGAGGAUUUGGAGUGCCUCUGUCAGAUAAUGAGAACCGUGGGGCCAAGGCUAGAUCAUGAGAAAGCCAAGUCUUUAAUGGAUCAGUACUUCGGCCGUAUGCGAUCCUUAAUGAACAACAAGGACUUGCCUGCUAGGAUUCGAUUCCUGCUUCAGGAUACUGUGGAGCUGCGAGAGAACAACUGGGUGCCUCGGAAAGCUUUUAUUGAUAAUGGACCUAAGACUAUCAACCAGAUCCGUCAGGAUGCAGUAAAGGAUUUGGGUGUUUUUAUUCCACCUAUGACUCAAGGAAUAAGAACUGACUUCUUUCAAGAGAAUUCGUUCAUGCCGACAAGAAUAAAACCUGAUCGAGAAACUCUUGGGGGAUUAGCGGAUAUGUUUGGGCAGAUGCCAGGCAGUGGGAUUGGAACUGGCCCUGGGGUCAUUCAGGACAGGUAUUCGCCAACCAUGGGCCGCCGCACAAACCCUCUUUUCAAUGGGCACAGUGGCCACAUGGCUCCUGCACCCCAGCCUUUCAUUAAAUCCAACCAGGGGCAGAACCUGCUUUUCCAAAACCAGACUCAUUCAUCUCAACAGCAAGCUCAGUCUAAGGAUAUGCCACCACGUUUCACUAAGAAAGGACAGCUGAAUGCUGAUGAGAUUAGCUUGAGACCAGCUCAGUCAUUCAUCUUGAACAAAAACCAAAUGCCAAAGUUGCAGCCUCAGAUCCCAACCAUGAUUCCUCCUAGUGCUCAACCUCCACGUACAUCCACACCACCGCUGGGACAGCCACCACAGCUUGGGCUGAAAACAAACCCACCUCCAAUCCAGGAGAAGCCACAGAAGACGAUCAAGAAGCCGCCUCCUGCUAAAGAGGAACUUCUUAAGAUGACUGAGACUGUGGUGACCUCCUACCUGAGCAGCAAAAACAUGAAUGAUGCUGUGAACGGGGUGCGGGAGAUGAAAGCUCCCAAACACUUCCUACCUGAGAUGUUGAGCAAGAUGAUCAUAUGCUCGCUGGAGAACCCAGAUGAGGACCGAGAGCAUGUCAGCACUCUGAUCAAUAAGCUCCGUGUGGAGGGACUGGUCUCGGGAGAGAACUUUUUGCAGGCUUUCCUCAAUGUUCUGGACCAGUGUUCUAAGAUUGAGUUGGAUGUACCUCUGGUGAAGUCUUACCUGGCUCAGUUUGCUGCCCGGGCAGUCAUUGCUGAACUCGUGAGCAUGGCAGAGUUGGCUCAUCCGCUGGAGAACGGCACACACUUCCCUCUUUUCCUCCUCUGCUUGCAGCAAAUGGCCAAACUGAAAGAUCGGGAGUGGCUGACUGACCUCUUCCAGCAGAGUAAGGUCAACAUGCAGAAGAUGCUGCCAGAAAUUGAUCAAAACAAAGAUCGCAUGUUGGAGAUUCUGGAGGGGAAGGGCCUGAGCUUCUUAUUCCCUCUCAUGAAGCUGGAGAAGGAGCUGCUGAAGCAGAUUAAAGCAGAUCCUGCCCCGCAGACCAUCUACAAGUGGAUAAAGGACAACAUUUCUCCCAAACUGCACACCGAUAGGGGUUUCGUUAACAUUCUGAUGACCAGCUUUUUGCAGUAUAUUUUCCAUGAGAUGUAUGCCACUGAUGAUGAAGAGCAGUUAUCUGCGCCUACGAAAGAGCAGCUUGACCAGGAGAAGCAGCUGCUCCUUGCCUUCAAACCGGUGAUGCAAAAAUUCCUGCAUGAUCAUGUGGAGCUGCAAGUCAGUGCUCUCUAUGCACUGCAAGUCCACUGCAAUGCACAUGCUUUUCCUAAAGGAAUGUUACUGCGCUACUUUGUCAACUUUUAUGAUAUGGAGAUAAUUGAAGAAGAGGCCUUCCUAGCAUGGAAAGAAGACAUUACCCAGGAGUUUCCCGGGAAAGGGAAAGCAUUGUUCCAGGUGAACCAGUGGCUCAUGUGGCUGGAGACUGCAGAAGAGGAGGAGUCCGAGGAGGAAGCUGACUAAACAACCAGCCAAAGCCUUCAUCCAUUCUUUCUCUCCCCUUUCACCUGUGUUUACUGCCGCACUUCAUUCCGUGCCGCUGUUUUCUGCAGUGUCAAGCCAACGUAUUACUUCACGCUUCUCUUUGGCCUCAUCGUUUAAGCAUGUAAUGACUAGCAUCUGUUAAACCCACCACAGAUAAACGGUAUUAGCAGCUUUAAAACUGCAUCUCUUUUUGUUUUGUUUUUUUUAUUCUACAUUUUAAGAAACCUGUAUUUGCAAGAGCCUUUUCUGCUGCUGUUCCUUUCAGCACAAAACUCUAGAAAUGCACUUUUGCUCAGUGUCAUAUUUGAGUUGCUGCAAUAUAUAUAUUCACUUUUGUUUGUUAGAACGGAUCCUCAGUCAUCAUCGGUUACCGUAAUGUUUAGUCGAUGCUUUCGUACCUCACAGUACUGGGUGUUUAUUAUGCUGUGUGUAAUGGAGUCAUGAAAACUCGCUCCAUCUGCAAGGUGCUUGAAUCUGUGGAGAAAAAAAAAUAUGGUUUACUUUUGCUGUUAUUUGAUUGUACUUCUUUCUUUUUUUUCCUUGCCCUCCCCUCCUGUUUCUUAAUAAUAAUGAACAAAGCCAUGUGGGAGAGAUGAAUUAUGCGGCCUUUUUCUUUCGUUUUUCGUCCCCCUCUACUACUUGUCAAGCUGAUACUUGAAUUAUUGUUAUUUUUCUUUACAGCAUGUUCAGGGAUUACCAAACACAGCCUGUUUAGAUGCAACGAUUUGAUCCAGACAGAAAUGUGUCUCUUUUUAAAUGCAUUUUAAUUGGAAAAAAAAAAUAAAGAUGAAACGAGAUGAGAAAUUUGGUAUGGAUGUUCAAUUUCUGAAUUGUGGUUUUACAAACUUUGUGUGCCCAUGAUGUCUGUAUUUAUUUAAUCAUGAGGGGGAAAAAAAUUAAAGCUUUAUCAUUAGGUAGGAGCCGCUCUCGUGUGGCGUCUGUACGAUGAUUUGCUAUUCAAAAAGUGUUACUGUAUGGUGUACGAGCUCAGAAUGUUCAGUGUACCACUGUUGCUUUCAAUAAAGUUACACACCAGCAUUUA